AUGAUUUAUACAAAAUUAUUACCAACAUUUCCUCGUUAUUCUGUUGCUUUAAAGACUAAUAAUCAAUCUGCUUUUGAUAGGAACAAAAUACAUUCCAUACUUUCACGAAGAGCAAGCGGUAAUUCGAAAGUUACAGGAAGUAUAAUUGGUAUAGAUUUAGGGACAACUAAUAGUUGUGUGGCAGUUAUGGAGGGGAAAACCCCGCGUGUGAUUGAAAAUAGCGAAGGUGGUCGGACAACUCCUUCAGUUGUUGCUUUUUCAAAGAAUGGUGAAUUAUUGGUUGGAUUGCCUGCAAAACGUCAGGCUGUUGUUAAUCCCGAGAAUACGUUUUUUGCUACAAAACGAUUAAUCGGUCGUCGAUUUAAAGAUAAAGUAGUUCAACAAGACAUCAGUAAUGUUCCAUAUAAAAUUAUUGAACACACUAAUGGUGAUGCAUGGUUGGAGUCAAGAGGCAAAAAAUAUAGUCCUGCACAAAUUGGUGCAUUCGUUGUUGGAAAAAUGAAAGAUACAGCUGCUGAUAAUUCAGGACCUAAACAUAUCAAUUUCACAUUGUCACGUGCAACUUUUGAAUCUUUGACAGAUGAUUUAAUUCAAAAAACUAUUACACCAUGUAAACAGGCAAUGAAAGAUGCUAAUGUUGAUAAAAAAGAUAUCAGGGAAAUAAUUUUAGUUGGUGUAACGAUUGCUGCAUCAUCUGGAUUAAGUAAACAAGAAAUUGAAAAGAUGAUACACGAAGCUGAAUCACAUGCAGAUGCAGAUCGAUUGAGGAAGGAAAUAGUUGAGGCAACAAAUCAUGCAGAUUCAGUUAUAUAUGAAACUGAAAAAGCAAUGACCGAAUAUCACGAUCGACUCAAUCAAUCAGAAGUUGAUAGUGUUAAAUCUCUAAUUCAGGAGUUACGUGAUAUGGUCGCUAGUUCGCAACACAGUGUUCAAGAUGAAUCUGAUUUGUCAUCAUCGUCAGGUAAAGCUGAAGAUAUUAGAUUGAAAGCUGCCGAUUUACAAAAAGCCAGUUUGAAAUUGUUUGAAGCAAUUGAAGGAGGACAAUCUGGUGAAAGUGGUGGUGAGUCAGAAGGUGAAUAUCGAGAUGUUAAAGAUGACAAAGACAAAUAA